ACUACCACUACCCAUCCACAAGCAGACAUUACACUACAGAAAAUUCAAAAUGGCCUCCCCAGCCACAGCACUCCUCUCACGAUACCCGUGGGUAUCCAGCCCAUUCAUCGUCAGCGCACCAAUGCGCGUCAUGUCCGGCCCGGCACUAGCCGUCUCCGUAUCUCAAGCCGGCGGACUAGGAUUUCUCGGACCGCGCGUCAAAACCGAAGAAACAUUAGCCGACCUAGAAGAGGCGACAUCGCUAGUCGCAAAAGCUGCCCCGCAGCACGGCGCAUGGCCCGCAAACGUCCUCCCCGUCGGAGUCGGCUUCCAGCUGUGGAGCGACGAUUCGAAGAUCGCGGCGGCCGCCGUGGAGAAGUUCCGGCCCUGCGCGGCGUGGCUGUAUGCGCCCCGGGACGGCCAGCGGGGCUUGGACGAGUGGUCGCGCUUGGUCCGCCGUGCGUGUCCGGAGACUCAGGUGUGGGUGCAGGUGGGGACGCUGGCUGAGGUCAAGGAGCUUCUUCUGCGGCGGGGCGAGGAGAGGCCGGAUGUGGUUCGGGAUCUCGCUGUUGGCCGCGGGGGCAUUGCGGAUGGACGGGGCGUGGCGGCUGCGAUCUGCUUAGGGGCGUCGGGGGCGGCGAUGGGGACGCGGUUCCUUGCUGCUCGUGAGGCGCGUAUCAGUCGUGGGUAUCAAAAUGAGGUUGUCCGGGCGGCGGAUGGGGCGGUCGCAACGACGCGGACCCUGCUGUACAAUCAUCUUCGGGGGACGUUCGGGUGGCCGCAGGAGUAUAGUCCUCGGACGAUUAUCAAUCGGUCGUACGUGGAGCAACAGGAGGGAAAGCCGUUUGAGGACCUGCAGGUGCUUCACGAUCAAGCUUCCAAAGCGGGUGAUGCCGGCUGGGGGCCGCAGGGGAGGCUGGCGACCUACGCUGGGGCGUCAGUCGGAUUGAUCCAUGACGUUCAAGAUGCUGCAACCAUUGUGCAUGAUGCUCAGAGGGCUUGUCGGGGGCUUGUUCGGUAGUCGGCUGUUUAUGGGUCGUUCAGCGGAUGGACACAGAAUGGUAGUAUCCGAUCCUGGCUUGUUAACCAUUUCGAUGAGGAUAUCUGGGAAUCAUAUAGACAGUUGUUUUCUUGUCUCUCCCUUUCUAUAUUCGCAACAUGU